CACGAUGGCCUCAAGUCUGCUAUUUGAGGACGUCCCAAGCUCGGUUGAGCGCCUCGAGCGGACACGUCACCCUCAACCUCGACGAGUCAAACGAGAAAAGACGGCCUUCACGAAACUGGUGGCUGACGUGUACGCAUUCGUGCAGCUCUCCAUAGCCAGGGUGGAUACUACGCCCCCACACAUCGCGGGCUAUGUCGAUGAGCAGAACGACCGGCUCGUGCACACGCCGCAGAGCGGACAGCCCAAGGCCAACCUCAGCUCGGUCCUGCUCGGAGACGGUCCGUCGCAAUUCGAGGCAGUCAUAGAAUACAUGGCACUACUUGACCUGCCCGAAGAGACUCUGGCAUGUAGCCCAAACGCCGUGCGCUUGGGCUACACGCCAGAGUUUACCUCCGUCUAUGUGUCUCGCGGUACAGGAUCUCCCGGCAAGUGGGUUGACAAGAAGGGCUUCUAA